AAAUAUUUAACUCCGGUUCUGGUGGAAAAGGCACGGCUUGUUGCUUUGUGUGUGUGCGUGUGUGCGUGUGUGUGUGUGUGUGUGUGUGUGUGUGUUGGUGAAUUUACACCACAAAGCGCGCUCCUCAUGAAUAUGAAUGAAGCCUAGAUGAUCCAUCCUGAAGAGAAAAGGAGGCGUUACUUAGUUUCACAGCUUCAGCAUCAGCUCGAGAGACUGAGGGGGAUUAGAGAUUAGAGGUUAGACCUCGGAGUUGUGCUUGUGAAUUGUAGUCGUGUGUUCAUCUCCCUCCCCGGUAUGGCAGUGAGAGGACCGCUCUCGCGCUUGUUCCGGUCGGCGCUGAGCUCGUGCUGCCCGCAGAGCCGCGCUCAUCUCUCCGUGGCUAUCGUCGGAGCUCCGUUCUCUAAAGGACAGAAAAGGAGAGGAGUGGAGCUCGGACCCAAAGCCAUCAGAGACGCCGGCCUGGUGGAGAGACUGGCCAGCUUGGAAAAUGCUGUGCAUGAUUUCGGAGACCUAAGUUUCGAGCACCUGGAGGAGGACGACCGAUUCAUGAAUAUUCCCUUCCCACGUACGGUGGGACAAGCCAAUCAGAUUUUGUCGGAUGCCAUGAGCAGAGCGGUGGGGGCGGGGCAUACGGCUGUCAUGCUAGGAGGAGAUCACAGCUUGGCCAUCGGCUCUGUUGCAGGCCACGCCCAGCAGCGUCCGGAUCUUUGUCUGAUUUGGGUCGACGCCCACGCAGACAUCAACACCCCCAUGACCUCACCAUCUGGAAACCUCCACGGGCAGCCAGUGGCAUUCAUGCUCAAAGAGCUGCAGGACAAGAUGCCAGUGGUUCCUGGUUUCUCCUGGAUGAAACCGUUUCUCUCAGCUAGAGAUUUGGUUUACAUCGGCCUGAGAGAUGUUGACCCGGGCGAGCAUGUUAUUCUGAGAAACCUGGGCAUCCAGUGCUUCACCAUGCGGGAUAUUGACAGGAUGGGGAUGCAGAGGGUUAUGGAAGUGACACUGGAUCAUCUGCUGGCAAGGAAGCAGCGCCCCAUCCACCUGAGCUUCGACAUCGAUGCGUUCGAUCCCACUCUCGCUCCGUCUACAGGAACUCCAGUGAACGGAGGACUUACCUACAGAGAGGGAAUCUACAUCACAGAGGAGAUCCAUAACACAGGUUUGCUGUCUGCGAUGGACCUGGUGGAGGUGAAUCCGACCCUGGGCUCGAGCUCUGAUGCGGCGGAGGCCACCGCCGGUCUCGCUGUGGACGUCAUCGCUUCGUCUCUGGGUCAGACCCGUGAGCUGCAGGACACCAAACAACUCGGACUGUAGAGCCACGAGGACACGGACACGGGAGUGAAAUGCAAACCUGCUUGGCAUUCCAAUGUUUAACCACAGACAUGUAUGAACAAAAAAAAAAAACACUGCACAAGACAGAAAGUGUGAGAGUUUAAACCUUUCAAAGAGAGAGAGAACUACAAUUGUUUGGAGUGACAAGAGAGAAGAGAGGGAGAGUGCCCCCCCCCCCCUCGCAAAUAAAACGCACACAUACCUAUAGCAUAUAGCAACAUGACUGACUGAAGGCGUGUUGGUACUAUAUACUAAUACUUUGUUUCAAUGGACUGUUGAUUUUAUGCAAAAGUUAAUCUGUUGGCUAUCUUUAAAAAAAAAUGGGGUCUUUAUGAAUUUUUUCCGCAUUUCUUCCAUAUGACCCGAAGUGUGUUACUGUCUCUCUUUUAAACAUUGACAACUUUUAACAGUUGGAUGUUUGUUUUUAUGAGUGUUUUUCCUUUCGUCAUAUCAAAAUAAAAUAAAAUUUAAUUUC